AUCCCGGGCCAGCACGUGACAUUUUUAGAACAUAGACAAUUUGCGGCAUUGUUACGCAUUUCUUCACUUUACCUGUGUCGGCCAUUUUUUAAUUUAUAGUUAGAUGUCAGUGCGUGUCUAUAUUGUAUUAGUGUCUGCUGUAUUAGAAUAUUUAUUACUUUAUGUGCCUAACCACUGAUUCUAUUUGAAUAAGAUGAAUUAAAAGAUGUAGGUUGUGAACAAUCUGAGUAAUUUGUUCAGAGAUGCAAAACCAACAUACGUUCUUUGGUUUUGUUAUCUUUAUGUUAGUUUUAACAAUAAUUUAUUAUAGUCACUUAGAACAGCAUGUUGAACAUGUCGGAACAAAAAUGUUCUAUCCGCAUCCGUACGUCUCCCGGCAUAUAAGAGGUAACCGAUCAUAUGCCUUGCGUGUAGAGGACAUUUUCAUAACUGUGAAGACAAGCAAGCUAUUCCACACAACUCGUCUCACUUUUAUCAUAAAUACUUGGUUUAACCAGGCAAAGGAUCAAAUAUUCUUUGUUACUGACGAUGAUGACAUAGACUUGCAUUUAAAGACCAACGGCCAUGUUGUUAACAGUCACUGCGGAAAUACUCACGAAUUACAGGAUCUGAGUUGUAAAACGGGUAAAGAAUAUGAUCUAUUUAUGACGACAAACAAAAAGUGGUGGUGUCAUUUUGAUGAUGAUAAUUACGUUAAUAUUAACGCAUUAGUAAAAUUUUUGGGCACAUUCAAUUGGCAAGAAGAUUUUUAUAUUGGACGACGAAGUGUAACUCGAAAGUUUGGUGGAGUGUUUCACAAAAAAUAUGUCAAAUUUAUUUUUGCCACUGGAGGCGCUGGAGUAUGUAUUUCCUCUGCUCUUGCGAAAAAGAUGUCGCCUUGGUGUAAAAACGGGGAGUUUUUAAAAACGUCAAAACACUUAAAGCAUAACGAUGAUUGUACACUAGGAUUCAUUAUCACGAAUUUAUUAAAAGUUGACCUGACUUUAACCAAGUUGUUUCAUUCUCACCUGGAAACACUGGACACAUUAAAUCCAGCAUCGUUUUCAACACAAGUGACAUUGGCUCAUGGAGCUCCUGACAACGUCAUAAUUAUUAACAAUAACACGACAAACACUACUGUUUUUAACACUGAUUUAGAUCCAUCACGAUUUUAUUCUUUACACUGUCUUAUUUUUCCAGGAUUACCCAUGUGCAAAAUAAGCAGCGAAAACUAGGCACACCACAAAUCAUUUAUUAUUAGAAUUUGUUCAAAACAUUCUGUUUUCUGCAUUUUGAAAAAGACCACACUUUCGUACAAAUUCGUGUCCCAAUUCUCUAAACCACUUGUUACAAGCUGCAACAAAAGAUGUAAUGUUAAUAUUUUUUAUAACGUCCCAUGCUAACCAAACCCAAUUGCAUAUAGGGUGGGAGAAGGCGGGACUUCAUUUCAAAAUCUAUUUGACAGUAUUCUUACGGUUCAACAAAGUGCGCGGUAAAGAAUACAACACUUUUUAAUGAAACAAUACCGUUUUCGAAUUAUAUUCUGCUUGGCAAAGAAA